AUGUCUCGCGGCGGCAAUACUCUCUACGUGACCGGCUUCAGCCACGGUACUCGCGCCCGCGACCUCGCCUACGAGUUCGAACGCUAUGGACGUCUGGUUCGAUGUGACAUUCCUGCUCCUCGCUCUGCGUCUAGUAGGCUCUUUGCGUUUGUCGAGUACGAAGACCGUCGCGAUGCCGACGAUGCGUACUACGAGAUGCACAACAAACGCAUGGGUCGCGAUGAUGUCCUGAAGAUUGAGUGGGCCCGAACUCCCCCUUCUGCAUCCUGGCGGUUUGAGUCUGGUCGUGACCGUGACCGUCGUGGUGGCCAGCGUUCACCUCGGCGCGGCCGGUCGCCGUCACCUCGCCGCAGCACCAGGGAGUACUCUCCUCGGAAAGACGAGCGAAGGGACCGUGACUAUGACCGUGACAGCCGCCGCGAUCGCGACCGCUCUCGCAGCCCCGAUACUCGGGACGAAAGGGACGAAAGAGACGAGAGGGAUGACCGUGACAGGCGUGAGAAUGGUGCCAAUGGAGACGAUAGGAAGGCCCUCGACAGUCCCCCCCCAGCCCACGACGACCUGGACGUUGCCGAAUAA